AAACCAAGACAUCAUCUGCUGAACAACAAUUGGAACUGCACAAAUGGAACCGUCUUUGUCUUUAUUCCUACAAGUAACCAAAACGGAUCAUGGUUUUGGCAUCAGAUGAGAGAAGACCCCAAUCACCCAUAAAUCCCAUCAAAAUCCAAAAUCAUUUGGUGUAAAAUAAAGAAUAAUUGUUUCUCCUAUAAACACUUUCCAUACCAGAAGUAGGUUCCUCUCUCCACUUACCAUUCUCAAUUUUUAAUAUUUUAUUAACAACGAACAAUCCAGUUCAAACCUCAAUACCCAUUUCCCAAAACUCCAGAAUUCAGUCCUUUGAUACUUCAAAAACCUUGACUUGGGGGGUUGUUACCAGCUCAAUUCUGAAAAGUCGGGUGGUUUCCAAAACUGAACCUUCCAUCUUUUCAGCAAGUUGAACCCUUAGUUUCCAACAACUACAAGCGUUGUAACAUGAAUUUAGGGUGUUAUCAAACCAUUCUGUUAAACAAAUUCGUUCCCAGAAAUGUGGAAACCAAGUUUCUGUCUUGUAAUCCAUCGAAAAGUGCACAUUCCAAUGGUAAAAAGGCUGGUAGUGUCAAAUUAAAGUAUUUUCAGGUGAUUCAGAGGAAAAAGGGCUUUACUUUGAGGUCGAAAUCGAUGUUGAGUGUAGAUAGUGUGGUGGAGAUAGAUAGAAAGGAAGGAAUUGGUCGGGAGAGUAAAUAUGAUGCAAUUGUCAUAGGAUCAGGGAUUGGAGGGUUGGUUGCAGCUACACAGCUGGCAGUGAAAGGAGCUAAGGUUCUGGUAGUGGAGAAGUAUGUUAUUCCUGGAGGUAGUUCUGGGUAUUACCAGAGGGAUGGAUACACUUUUGAUGUAGGAUCUUCUGUGAUGUUCGGCUUCAGUGAUAAGGGUAAUCUCAAUUUGAUAACUCAAGCAUUAGCGGCAGUUGGGCGUGAGAUGGAGGUGAUUCCUGAUCCCACCACAGUCCAUUUCCAUCUACCCAAUAACCUUUCUGUUCGAGUACAUAAAGAAUACAGUGAAUUUAUUGAGGAACUUACGAGUAGAUUUCCACAUGAGAAGGAAGGGAUCCUCAAAUUCUAUGGCGAAUGCUGGAAGAUCUUCAAUGCCUUGAACUCAUUGCAAUUGAAGUCACUUGAGGAGCCAAUCUACCUUUUUGGACAGUUCUUUCAGAAGCCUCUUGAAUGUUUGACACUCGCUUAUUACCUGCCCCAAAAUGCUGGAGAUAUUGCUCGAAAGUACGUGAAGGAUCCCCAGUUGUUGUCUUUCAUAGAUGCAGAGUGUUUCAUAGUGAGCACAGUUAAUGCUUUGCGGACACCAAUGAUCAAUGCAGGCAUGGUUCUAUGUGACAGGCAUUUUGGAGGAAUUAAUUAUCCUGUUGGUGGUGUUGGUGGAAUUGCACAGUCUUUGGCUGAAGGCCUGAUUGAUCAGGGUAGUGAAAUACUUUACAGGGCAAAUGUGACUAACAUUAUACUUGACCAGGGCAAAGCUGUGGGAGUGAGGCUUUCAGAUGGAAGGGAGUUUUUCGCCAGAACCAUAAUAUCAAAUGCUACUAGAUGGGAUACAUUUGGGAAGCUGUUAAAAGGAGAAAACCUUCCAGAAGAAGAAGAAAAUUUUCAGAAAGUUUAUGUUAAGGCUCCAUCGUUUCUUUCAAUUCACAUGGGUGUUAAGGCUGAUGUUCUCCCUUCAGAUACAGAUUGUCAUCAUUUUGUGCUCGAGGAUAACUGGACAAGAUUAGAGGAACCAUAUGGGAGUAUCUUUUUAAGCAUUCCAACCGUUCUUGAUUCGUCGUUGGCUCCAAAAGGGCGUCAUAUUCUUCACAUAUUUACAACUUCUUCCAUAGAAGAUUGGGAGGGACUUCCUCCAAAGGAGUAUGAGGCAAAAAAGGAGCAAAUUGCAGAGGAAAUCAUUGGGAGGUUGGAGAAGAAAAUAUUUCCAGGGCUUAAAUCAUCCAUUGUUUUUAAGGAGGUAGGGACCCCAAAGACACACAGGCGGUUCUUGGCUCGGGACAUGGGUACUUAUGGACCAAUGCCUCGUGAAAUUCCCAAGGGCUUAUUGGGAAUGCCAUUCAAUACAACAGGCAUAAGAGGUCUUUAUUGUGUUGGAGAUAGCUGCUUUCCUGGACAAGGUGUUAUAGCAGUUGCUUUUUCAGGAGUAAUGUGUGCUCAUAGGGUUGCUGCCGAUAUUGGGCUUGAGAAGAAAUCUCUUAUAUUAGACACUGUUCUUCUUCGAUUACUUGGCUGGUUAAGGACAUUGGCAUAAGGUAACAUAUGAAAAGACACAAGACAUAACACGAUUAUUAAUUUGCUAGACCAGCAUAGCCUGGAGUGCUGAUUCAGGUUCAGACAAAUAUGUAUAGUUGGAAUGCCACUGAAGCUUGGCAAGAUAUUUCUCAAAGUUAUCUUUUAAAAGAUUUGGCCAUUAGUCAUUUAUCUGUACUUAUCCCAAGGUGUAAGUACAUGUCUAUAAAACUUGAGUGGCCUUCAUGUAUACAACUUGCACAUAGGUAAUUAAUCACUGGUGGUACUUUGCCACCUAGCAGUGACUUACCAAUGUU